AGGGAGAGGCUGGGGAAGCAGAGCCGUGCAGAGGGAGUGUCCCCUGGGGAGAUACUCAGAUCCUAGCAAGAGUCUCAACAGCCGAAUGGAAGAAAAUAAUUUUUAACAACCAUUUUGUUACUUACUUCCAGAAAGGAGUUUGAAUAAAGGAAGCCAUGACGAUGCGAGCCCGGCUGCUUGGCGUGUGUCUCCUUGCACUUUACCUGACAACUGGAUAUGGCCAAGAGGGAAAGUUUAGUGGACCCCUGAAGCCCAUGACAUUUUCUGUUUUUGAAGGCCAAGAACCGAGUCAAAUCAUCUUCCAGUUUAAGGCCGAUCCUCCUGCUGUGACUUUCAAACUAACUGGAGAGACAGAUGGCAUAUUUCAGAUACAACCAGAUGGACUUCUGUAUCACAACAGAUCCCUGGACAGGGAAAUAAGAGCUGUUCACAGACUCCAGGUCUCAGCCCUGGAUGCUCAGGGCAAUACAGUGGAGGGCCCGGUCCCCAUCACCAUUGAGGUGAAGGACAUCAAUGACAAUCGACCUGUGUUUGUCCAGCCCGACUAUGAAGGCUCCGUGAGGCAGAAUUCCCGCCCAGGAAAGCCCUUUAUGUAUGUCAAUGCUACAGACUUGGAUGACCCAGCCACACCCAAUGGCCAGCUUGUUUAUGAAAUCAUCAUGCAGCUACCCAAGGUCAACGAUGUCAUGUACUUUCAGAUCAACAACAAAACGGGGGCGAUUUCCCUUACUCUAGAAGGAUCCCGGGAAUUAGAUCCCGUUAAGAAUCCUUCCUACAAGCUAGUGGUCUCAGUGAAAGACAUGGGAGGCCAGAAUGACCAUUCCUUCAGUGACAGCACAUCUGUGAAUAUUUUGGUGAAGGAGAAUAUCUGGAAAGCACCAGAGCCUGUGGAGAUUGCAGAAAACUCGACCAGCCCUCUCCCCGUCAGAAUCACUCAGGUGCAGUGGAACGAGCCAGGUGCACACUAUUCCUUAGAGGUAAAGGAGAAGCCACCAAGAUUCCCGUUUUCAAUCGACCAGGAAGGAUAUAUCUACGUGACGCAGCCCUUGGACCGAGAAGAAACAGAUGCAUAUGUUUUUUAUGCGGUUGCGAAGGACGAGUAUGGAAAACCACUUGCGUUCCCACUGCGAAUCAGUGUGAAGGUUAAAGACGUUAACGAUAACCCACCUGUAUGUCCAUCUGCACUGACGGUGUUUGAGGUCCAGGAGAAUGAACAGAUAGGGAGCAGCAUUGGGACGUUAAUUGCUCAUGACAUGGAUGAAGAAAACACUGUCAACAGCGUCUUAGAGUACAGACUUGUGGACCAAACCCCCACAGUUCCCAGAGACGGGCUCUUUCUGGUCGAAGACUACUUGGGAACAGUCAAGUUAGCUGAGCAGUCCUUGAGGAAGCGAGACGCGCCGCAGUACAACUUGACAGUCGAGGUGUCUGACAAAGAUUUCAAGACCUUCUGCCAUGUGCAAGUCAACAUUAUUGAUAUCAACGAUCAGAUCCCCAUCUUUGAAAAAUCAGAUUAUGGAAACCUAACGCUGGCUGAAGACACAGCAGUUGGAUCCACCAUCUUAACCAUCCAGGCCACCGAUGCGGAUGAACCGCACACUGGGAGCUCUAAAAUCCUGUAUCGAGUUACGCAGGGAGACAGUGAAGGACGCUUGGAGAUUGACACAGAUCCCCAGACCAAUGCUGGAUAUGUGAAGGUUAAAAAGCCUCUUGAUUUUGAAACAGUACACGUCCACAACAUUGUGUUCCAAGCAGAAAAUCCUGAGCCUCUGGUGCCAGGUGUACAGUACAACGCCAGCUCUGCUGCCACAUUCAGGCUAAUAGUGACAGAUGUGGAUGAAGCUCCACAAUUUUUGCAACAAGUAUUCCAAGCAAAAGUCAGUGAAAAUGUGGCCAGAGGCACUAAAGUGGGCAACGUGACUGCCAAGGAUCCGGAAGGUCUGGACAUAAGUUAUUCACUGAGAGGCGACAAGAGGGGUUGGCUUAAAAUCGACCCCAUCACUGGUGAGAUCUUCAGCGUGGCUCUGCUGGACAGGGAAGCUGAAAGUCUGUAUCAGGUUCAAGUGGUGGCAACGGAAGUAGGUGGGUCCUCCUUGAGCUCCACCGCACAGUUUCACCUGACGCUGACGGAUGUGAACGACAGCCCCCCGCGGCUGGUCAAGGAGUACACAGGCUUGUUCUUCUGCCAUCCCCUCAAAGCGCCCGGGAGUCUCAUUUUUGAGGCCACAGAUGAUGAUAAGCAGUCAUUUCUGGGUCCACGCUUUACAUUUGCCCUUGGCAGUGAAAGCUUACAAAGUGACUGGGAAGUUUCCGGAAUCAAUGGAACUCAUGCCCACCUCUCCACCAAGCACACGAACUUUGAGGAAAGAGUUUACUACAUCCCAAUCCGCAUCAGUGAUAGUGGUCUGCCACCCUUGGAAGGGACUGUGUCUUUACCAGUGACUUUCUGCAAGUGUGUGGAAGGAACGUGUUUCCAGCCAGCAGGUCACCUGCCCGGGAUACCCACUGUGGGCCUGGCAGUUGGCAUACUUCUUACUACCUUUUUGGUCAUCGGUAUAAUUUUAGCAGUUGUGUUUAUCCGGAUAAAGAGGAAUAAAGGCCAGAAUAACGCUGGAAGUGCUCGGGCAUCUGAAGUCAAACCCCUGAGAAGCUGAAUGUGAAAAGGAAUGUUUGAGUUUAUGCAUAAAGUGCUAUUUCAGUAACACAACCAUUUAAUGCCAUAAUUUUACAUUUUGUCCAACAUGUGCACUCUAAUUUUUUACAGAUACGCCCUCCUGCCCUUUCAUAUUUUAUUACCGCUAGAUAGUUCGUAUGCUGUAGACAUGAGAGACAUUUUCCAUUUCCUCAUAACACUUCCCCCCUCUGCAAAAGCCUUAAUGAUUUAUCCCAAAACAAAAAUGUGUGUGUGUUUUCCCUCUUACAGAAAGGCGGGCUGAUGAAAUUCUCUGUUCAUUUUUGGUUCCUCAAGGAGGUUUAUCAGUCAUCUACCAGGGAACUUCCUGGAUUCCAUUUGUGGUUUUUCUGAUUCCAUCUUAUGUCUCCUUCCUCCCCGUCUCCUUUGGCAUUUCACUGAUUUUAACAUUUGUGGGAGAAAAGAACAAAGUGCAGGCUUGGGGAAAAAUGAAAGCACAGACGUCCCUUAGUUUGCACAGAAGCUCUUGGGGGUUCCCAGCCGUCCUUAGCCCUGCGUGGCUUACGGUGCCUUCCGUUGGAGGAGCUGCCGCUUGGGAAGAGCGCGCGCCCAG